GACACCUAAGAAAAAUUAUGUCGAGCACGAAUGAAAGUGAAAUUAGUGAACGGUGGUAGACAGUUCUCCGCCCGUUUACUUUUCAUCUGGGCGUUGUCUCCUCGAGAACGAAAAACACUUUCCGUUUCAAUUUGCGAUCAUGGGUGACAAUUCCAUGAGGUUAGAGAGUUAUGAAAUGCUUAAGGCCCUCUACGAUUUCAAGGCCACAUUCGCCAAAACCCUGAGCUUCCAAGAAGGUGAUUAUUUCAUUCUGUAUCAGACUAAUACUAAGCAAAGAAAUUGGUGGCAAGUAGUCAACAGAGAUGGGCUUAUUGGAUACAUUCCUUCCAAUUAUGUGACUACCAUAAAGGUACCCUCUCAAACAUUGCUUGAUUUUUUGGAGGAUUGCAUUAAAAAUGUGAAGGCAGAGACUAAACAGCAGACUGGACCCUUGUAUGUAGAAAAGCAAGACCUUCUGUUGAAAUUGAUAGAGAAGAAAAGACAAGCAGAAUCUAAUAAAAAGACUAAGAAGCAAGCACCAAUGCCUCCUGAUUUUGUGAAUACUACACCUAGCAAAGACAUAUGUUCACCUCUUUGUAAUGUGAAAGAGGGAGAUGUUAAUACAGCUCCUAGCAACACAUCCUACAUGACAGCUCAAACAACAUUGCAUACUAAUGCUAAUGAUGAUAAAGAGGAACCACCUGUUAUACCACAGUGUCAACGUACUUCUAUAAGUGAUCAGAGGAGACAAUCUCUGCCAAGACAAUGUUCCUCUGAUACUCAAAAAAUUCAGGCUGAAAUUCGAAAGAGUCCCUCCCAUGGCAGCAACAGACAAACUCCAAUUAGUUCACCUAUGAAAAAUAAAGCUUCAACGUGUGAAAUUAAUUCACAUACGGCUUAUCAAUUACUUGACCAAGUUCGUAGAAAUACUCAGUUAAGUUACGAGAUGUCGAAGGUAGCAGUUACUGUAGUGGUCACUGGUUUGCAAAAGUUGUUGCCCAAGAAUGUAGGCCAUUACUUUGAUGCAGUCUUACAUCAGUUAGAAACACCAUUUACUGUGUCACAAAUGAGCAUAGAGGAGACAUAUGAUGCCAAUAGAUUGAAAGUAAUUUUUACAGAGCUUACUUCUUGUAAGGAAGAUUCACAGCAGAGAAGUUGGAUGUUGUACGAAGAUGAAUGUGUUAUUGUUGAUUACAUCAAGGAGCUUACUUCAAUACUGACGAACGCCGAUGCAAACGUGUCUAGAUAUAUUUUGCAACAAGAUCAGUAUAAUGGAGUUAAUGUAUUAAUAGAAUAUUAUCAGAUGGAACCAAGGUGGACUAUUAGGCAAUUACUGUUACAGUCGUUUGGAGUAAUGUGUAGUCUCGAUUCUGUGAUCUUGACCAUAAUGUUAAACAGUGUAUUACCCAUGGAAUUAGCAAGAGAUAUGAGGAGUAAUCCUAGAAAUGUGACAAAAUUAAAUUAUUCUUCGUUAUUACUUACUAUGAUUUUUUCAAUGGGCGAACCUAUGCCAGUUACACAUUUGGAGCAAUUGGGCCCAGAUUUCAUAGCCUUUGCAUUGGAUUUAAUCGAGAAUCCACCGGAUAUGGACUUGGAAGACCAAAUUUCGGACUUAUUUGUGAAUUUGUUAUUGUCCUACAAUUUACAAUUCAUAAAUUCAGAAAAUAUAGUAUUGAACGCAUUGAAGGAAAGAACAAUAGCAAAGAGUUUUACUGAGAAAAUUUUGCUUCUGUUCAAUAGAGAAGAGGAUCCUGUGCGAAUUUUCGAUCAUGAACCACCUCCACCGCAUUCUGUACUCAAAUUAUUUAUCGAUCUGUUCAGUAAUGAUAUUACUGCAGGUCUGUUCUAUACCAAUGAUGUAAAGGUUCUAAUUGAUAUUAUAUUACGACAGCUAUAUGAUAUGUUUCCCGGAGAUAAGCGUAGACAGUAUUUAGAGUUGUGUAGACGAGUGCUUCGCACCUCCAGCUACAACGAACACAGAUAUCGUUCAGAAGACCUACUGAAAUGUUUUACAAGAAUAUUCUGUGAGGAGACAGGAGAAAGCCAAGAAGACCAACAGUCGGUACGUGAAAUCAGCAACGAAUUUCCGCAUUUAUUUAAGAUGUGACAUUU